AUGUGGGAGCGCACACUCCAAGAUCUAAUACGCGGUCUCAGAGCAAACAAGAAUGACGAGUCCAAGUUUAUUGCGCAAGCCAUCGAGGAAAUCCGGCGUGAAGUACGUAGCAAGGAUAUGGAACUCAAAGCUGCCGCUAUCCUCAAGAUGACAUUCCUUGACAUGCUAGGUUAUGACCUAUCAUGGGCAGAUUUCAAUAUUAUCGAGGUCAUGAGUUCUACAAAGUACCAUUUAAAGACAGUAGGAUACCUUGCAGCUUCCCAGUCCUUCUCUGAACGGACAGACGUCCUCAUGCUUACGACCAAUUUGCUCAAGAAGGAUCUUUCUUCUAAUCCUGCAGAUGUGGCAUUGGCACUCAACGGCUUGUCUCAUUUCGUCACACCCGACCUCGCGCGAGACCUCACCCAGGAGCUCAACGCAAUGUUAAACCAUUCAAGGGCACAUAUACGGAAGCGGGUCAUUCUUGCAUUGUUCAAAGUCAUCCAACAGCAUCCAGAAACUCUCCCUUUCUGCUUGCCACGGCUUAUAGAGAAACUUGAUGAUCCCGACUUCUCUGUCGUUUCUUCAACUGUCAAUCUCUUCUGCGAACUCUCUCGGCGGAAUCCUCAAGAUUUUCUCAGCCUGGCCCCUCCACUAUUCCAUAUCCUUACAACUUCAUCGAACAACUGGAUGCUCAUAAAGGUUAUCAAAUUGUUUGGAGCCAUUUCUCCGUAUGAGCCCCGUCUAGCAAAGAAGUUGCAAGGACCCAUCACCGAUCUCAUCCAAACCACCGCAGCCAUUUCUCUGCUGUACGAGUGUGUUCACACAUGCAUAAUCGGGGGGAUGCUCGACGGAAGCGAUGGGUUAGCCCUGGCUCGUCUCUGCGUCAACAAACUAUCAACCUUCCUCGAGAAUGACGAUCAAAACCUGAAAUACAUAGCCUUGAUGGCCAUGGUAAAGAUUGUGCCCGUUCGCCCCGAGUUGGUGGCAGAACACCAGGCGGUAACUCCAUAUAACCUUCAAUAUCUCGUUCAACAAUUACUGUCUCACUUGGUCAAAGCUAAUCAAACGUCAUCAACUCCUUCAGCCCAGGCAACUCUCGCUCAGGCACUCCAGUCGGACGGGCAGUCCACAUCAGGGAUAAGCCUAUAUACCCCAGCCUAUCGCCAAGAAAUCUCCAGCAGAAUCAUAGACAUGUGCUCAAGAAACAUGUACGAAAAUGUUCAAGACUUCGACUGGUAUCUGUCUGUACUCCUGGAUUUGAUCUAUAUUGCCAAUGUCGACAUUGCUGCCAUGAUUUGUGAUCAACUCGUCAAUGUAGCUGUUCGUGUCCGAGCAUCGAGAGCGUAUGCAGUCCAGUUGAUGGCCAAACUCCUCGACGACGAUGGGAUCGUGCUUGGAGCCAACGAUCCCACAAAAUGCACGGGCGUGCUAUGGGCAGCAGCGUGGAUAUGUGGUGAAUAUAGCGAAGAACUAAUAUCCCCACGAACUGUUCUUACACGACUGAUACAACCAUCGAUAUCGCUACUAUCGUCGGACAUUAUUGCCGUAUACAUCCAAGCGACUCUCAAGGUCUUGUCUCGUUGGACAUAUGACCUUGCGGAGGGCUGGUCUAAUGAGCAACUCAAGUCGGCAAAGGAGACAGUUGAUGCCGUACUCACAGGGCUUAAUCCUCUGUGCUGCCAUGCGGAUAUGGAGGUGCAAGAGAGGGCGGCAAAUGCCGCACAACUUGUGACACUCAUUCAUGCAGAUCUGUCAACAUUUCAACCGAAGCCUUUCGUUGAGACGCCCCAGCAAGACGCUUACCUCACUGGAUUCGAGGAUCCGACCCCACAGACGAAUGAUUUCCCCAAAAGCUUGCUCCUUUUGCGGCGCUUCUUCAACUCUUACAAGCUGCGCCCAGUAGCUGUAAAUGCGAACAAGCAGGUUCCGAUACCAGCCGGCCUUAAUCUUGAUUCCUGGAUUACUGCGCCACCAAAACGUGCGCUUGACGAAGAUGUGCGAGAACGCAAGAAGAAGAAAAAGUCGAAGAAGGGCAAGGAGAAAGCGGAGUCGACAGCGGAACGUGUCAAUGAAGGCUUGAGUAAGGGAUAUGUAGAGUAUAAUGAGGACGAGGAAGAAGCUGCUCAGCGUCGUGCAGAGCGGUUAGCGAGACAGCGAGACGACCCGUAUUAUUUGACAGAUGCGCCUAAAUCCAAGUCUGUAGGAUCACCCGACGUCGACUCAAUACCAGUUGUGCGAUUAGAGGGGAUGCCUUCUCUAUCCGCCUUAACCCCUCCACGGCCAUCAUCUCGUUUGUCAGACGUUCAGCCACCCCCAGCGCAUAAACACUUUGAACUAGACCGAGACGAAGAAACGCCAGCGCAUCUGGCAGUAGCAUCGUCACCUGCAACUCGUCCAGGUACCCCAUUGACGGAAGCUGAAAUCCCAAGCGGAUUAGAAACACCUGACGCGAUCGUUGUCAAACGGGCAAAGAAAAAGGGAACUGGUAAACGAAAGACGCCUGUACCUCCGCUAUGA